UAUCAACAUGAACUCAGUCAAGCUACAUGUACAAGAUAGCCACGAUACUUUGUCGAACAGCUGUCUGUUAUUUGAAGCCAUUGUAUGAACAUGUGUAUAUAUGUGCAUUGCCAAAAUUAUAGUGGGUGAUACAAUAUAAACUCCGAUGACAGACUGGAAUAUUAAUCUAAUGAUGUCAUCAGGGAAAUGUUGUGGCACUGGCCGUCGUUUUCUUGCCUGUUUUGCAUGUGUGAUAUCAUGACUGUAUAUCUUUUGUGGUUUAGUAAGCAAUUAGCCAAUUUGGUUAUAUUUCGUGCUCGAGUGCGAAGCAGUGGUCAACAUUCACUUGAAACGAGGGAAAUCUUUUGAUAGUCGUAGCCGCGACGAAAGUGUAUAUAUGGAAUAUUACAACAUUAAUGCAAUGAUUGAUAAAUAAAGGGAUGGCAGAUAUCGAUCGAGUUGAUAGAAAUGGUCAGACACUGGAUGUCCAUGUACAUUUUGUAGAACGAUCAUGCUAAUUACAUGUUUAUGUACUGCGUAAAUGAUUCAUAUCAAAAUAAUUUGGAAAUCUGAGACUUCAUGGUGUUUUAAACUGAAUUAGUUUGCUUUAUUUCUAAAGAAACCAGUGUAGGAUCAUGACGGAUGUGAGAAAAAGUCCAGUGAUUCUGCUUAUUCAUUGGAUUUGUGACUUAUCAAAGGAUGAAGAUCAAAUGCUGUGAUAUAGUGGAUCAUUAUUUCAAUCAAAGUGUCAACAAAAUAUCGUUAAAAAAGGUCAACAAGGAUUAAUUAUAGGAGUGUUAACUUUGAUUUGUGAAUAAUGAAAUAAGUUAGAAUCCAAGUGGAUCGGAAUUUGUGAACAUCCAAAUAAAGUAAAAUUCCAGUGGAUGCUUAUCUAUAAAUGCACAUGUCCAAAUAAGGUAAAAUUCCAGUGGAUGCUUAUUUGUAAAUGUUCAAAUAAGGUAAAAUUCCAGAGGAAAUAAGGUAGAAUUCCAGAGGAUGCUUAUUGGUAAAUGUCCAAAUAAGGUAGUUCCAGUGGAUGCUAAUUUGUUAAUGUCCAAAUAAGGUAAAAUUCCAAUGGAUCCUUAUUUGUGAAUGAAGUGGAACUAAAAUGGAUGCUAAUGAUUUGUGAAUGACCAAAUAAAGUGUACUAACUCAAGUGGAUGAUAUAAUUUGUGAAUGAAUAUGCACCAGUAUUAUUUAAAACGUCACGGAUGAGGAGAGGAGAAUGAUGUCAUUGAUUACAUCACAAGACACCCAUGUGCAUCAUGAGCAUCCAUUCUGUAAACACUGUAAAAUUUGUCACCAGGCACGGUACAACCGACGAUUCGGCCGCAUGUCCAUGGUCAUUCCGGACACGGUCCAGUGGUGGCUCAACAGCUGGACAAUUCCGGGGUCGCUCGAGUCCAUCGCAAAGGGCCUGAACGGGUUUGAGGAGUUACGGAAGUACAUUAAACAGGGCUGUGAGUUCUGUAAGGAUGUGUCCAUCAUACUAGCAGAGAGGGCAGAGUUGGAGCAGACAUACGCAAAAGGAUUAGCAAAACUAGCGGCCAAAUUAACAAAAUCCUCCAGCAAUACUAUAGGAACUCUGGCUAAUGGCUGGAAAGCAGUUUCUGUCACAAUGGAGCAGGAGGCCGAAUUACACAAAAAUUUGUCGACGGCCCUGCAAGAGGAAAUCAGCAAACCAAUCAAGCACUUGAUGGACUCCCAGCACAAGGCCAGGAAACCUAUAGAGGUUGCUGUAGACAAGAGCCUGAAAACUUUGACAGACAGAAGAGCCGAGGAAUACAAGGCUAAAAGAGGGACAUACGCUGUUGCCAAGGAUCGGGAGAAAGGGGAGGAAACUCUGUCAGAGGCUCGUGCAGGGAAAGGAAAAUUCUCCGAGAAAGAGAUGUCCAAGUUGGAUAAGAAAUGUGAGCAAGCAGCGAAGAUGUUACGAAAAGCAGACAAAGACUACUGCGAGUUAUGUGAGAAGGCAGAGGCCGCCCGUCAGGAAUGGGAUUUCUCUGUGUGUAAGGGAAGUGCACAGCUACAAACGUUAGAGGAGGAGAGAAUUAAUAAAAUGUCGGAGUAUCUAAACCAAUACAACAGCCACAUUUCUGUGUUAGGGCCACGGCUCACACAGAGUUGUGACCGUCUCCACGAAGCUGUUAUUUCUGUUGACCUUCAGUCAGACCUUCGGACAAUCGUCCAACAGAAAGGAUCCACCCAGACCACACCAGAGCAGAUUCUUCUAGACUGUUAUUCAGAAGAUAUGCAAUUUAGCAUGAAAGGCGAAAGACGAAAAAAUUGUCUACAAAACUACCUGCUGUAUCUGAGACAAGCAAUAGAGAGGGAACGGAAAGGAAGAGAAGGUGUGGAAAAACUGGUUGAGGUGUACAAGCAGCGACCUAAUUUUGCCGAUCAAGAUGCUCAAGAUGAUGCCAAGCAAAGGUUAUCACAGGUGACAUUUAUGAUGAAUUUUCUGGAAGCUAGUCAUUUUAAGAUGGCCUCAGUACUUGCCAAGCUGGAGGGACAACAGAAACUAACACACAAGUUCUCACAAUACAUUGAAACAGCUCGAGAUAAACAGAGUAUUCCUAUCAGUACACUGAAGUUGCCCAUGAACCUGGCGUUGGAGGGAAGCUCCGGAUACGAUGUCACAUCGGUAACCGUGGGGGCCUUGGCAAGUCAGGGUGGUGACACGUACGAGGAUUUCGAUGACGAUGAGUUUGAUGAAAUUGGAGAAACACAUGUGAUUGGUCGAUGCAAGGUUAUGUACGAAUACUGUCCGUCACAGAAUGACGAGUUACCAAUACAACCAGGGGACUUAAUAAACAUCUACGAGAAACAGCCAGACGGAUGGUGGCAAGGAGAGUUAAGAGGACGUGUCGGUAUCUUCCCUGCCACUUAUGUACAGGAAGUGUGACCGGGGCAAGGUCUUGCCCCUUGGGAUUAGGGGUCAGACUCCUGGAGAUUGAAAGUCCAAAUUGAAAAACUGAACCUGUGUGGUUUAAAUGAACUGACCCUUGUGAAAUUUGGAACAGAUUCAUUUGAGAUUUAAAGGUCAGACAUGAGGGGUUAAAAAUGUCUGACCUUGUUGGGAACACAGGCUGGAAAACGAAUAAAUGUUGUGACCCAGGAGGGAUUGAAUUUCUAAGGCCCAGAGGAUGAAAUAAUUGAACCGAGGAGACAAAAGGUUUCUACCUCUGGGGUGUUGAUGUCUGAACCUGCAAUAUUUUGGAACUGACACUUGGGGUUGGAAGUCUGACCCGUAAAAUCUUGAAACUGACUCGCACGGCUCGGUAGAUAUGACCAACAGGGAUGAAAAAGACACACAUAGUGCUAAAGACAUCCUGUGAAUGAAUUGUGCAUUGAGACGUCAGGGUUGAAGACUAUACAAUGUAUUCUGUCGGGAGAAUACAGAUAAAUUAUAAUACACUGCGAUUGUCCUAAUAUUUCUGUUUGUUGUAUAUAAACCACAGGAUAUUCACAGUGUAUACUGUUAAAACCUGUACACAUUUUUUACAUUGUGUAAUCGAUUUGAAAAAAAAUAUUUCUUCAUUUCCACUUUUUGAAAGGGUCUUUAUUACCAAUGAUUUUGAUUGCUAAGGAAACUAUUGAUUUCAUAAUGUCUACCACUGCCCUGUAUACAUUAUACAGUAGACCUAUUUAUACUGCCACCAAUUUUCCAGAAAAUGUGUGGCAUUAUAAAGGGAUUUGGCAAUAAACUUAGGGAAAUGUAUUAACUCAUUUACCCCUAAAGACACAUUUGAGCUCUUCCAAUUCAAAGGUUGGAAUAGUUCAUUAUGAAAUUUCUGGGGUGAAUGAGAUAAGGAAUUGGUAAGAAAACAUGAAAAAAGGAACAUUGAAAUAUGCUGGCGGUAAACAAGAUUGCAAAUAAAACAAGGGGCAUUAUAUUGAGGUUCCAGUACUGUAUUGGGAAAUAUGUAAGAUAUGACAUCUUACAUGGUUGCCUUGGAUUCAGGAUUUUGUGAAAGUGUGGCCAGUGUCCAAGCUCCAGUGGGGGCAUAUUGUCGGGAGGGCGGUGUGAAAGCUGUAGAAAUACAGCUUUAUAUACUUAAUAAAAUGUUCCUGACCCCAAGGGACAGCCUAAUGGGUUUGCCUUUGGAUAUAUAAAUAUGGUAUAUGAAAUAUAAUGACAGAUGUAAUGUAUUGUAAAAAGAAAUACUUUUCAAAUAAUUCAAAUACAAAAACUCUUAGUUACAUGAUACACAUGGUUUGAUUGAAUACAUUGUUUGAGAUAUGUUUACUGUGCAUUAAAAGACGAUUGUCUCAUCCAUCAGGUGGUAGAGUUCCUUCCCCUUGUACAAGUGUAAGAGGUUGAAUGUGUGAGUGGACUUUAUAUAAUGUGACAUAAGAUAUCCAGUUUCUGAUAUGUGAUGGUUGUAGCUUUGUUUAUUAUAUGUCUAUAUUAUGCUUUAAAAUUAUCAUCAGAUAGCUCAAUAUUAAAAGCAAUAGUCUGAAUAAAAUUGGAAAAAAAUCUGAUACUCGAAGGAUGUGGCCAUUACUUUGAACUGCUUGUAAGUUGUAUUUGAAUGGGGAAUAUUAAUGGCAUUAUUUUGCAUUCAGUUAUUUUUCAAGUGGCUGUAAAAGGUUGGUCACACUAACUAUAAGUUGUAUAUGUCACAUAUGUUAUUGCAGUGACUUUGACGCAGUAUUUGACCUUGUGUCAAAUUUCUUGUUGAUGUCACAUGUCAUUGUGUAAUAAGUUGAAGAUAAGAUUUGUUCCAUAAACAAGAAUUUUUGCAGAUGUACUGUAAAAAUGUGCAUCUAAAUUAAUUAUUGAUUGACUUUCUCUUUCUGUUUACAAAAAUCAGACUUUCAAUUUUGUUAAGUCUUUUGUAUAUAUAUAUAGAUCUGCAAAAAAAAAUAUCCUCAGAUUAGGUUACUCAUUCAGGUCUAUAAAACAAUGUAUUGACCUCAUUAAAUGUCCAUAAUUGUUAAUUAUUACAACAGCGUAGUUACCACAUAUCACAGGAGUGAAUUGAUAAAACACUUUACCCUUUCACCCCUUGGUAACUUUAAUAGACUCUAUACCAUACAUUUAAAUGGAUGAGUCCAUAUGGUCUACAGUGGUGAAGGGGUUAAAUUCACCACAUCUUUACUCUUCAAAUAAAUAUAUUUAUGCAUAUGUAUUGAAAAUGCCUUAGGAUUGAACAGUUUUGUUCAACAUACAUUUAGAAAGUUAUAUUGUAUGUUCAUACUGUUGAUAUUCAAAACGUUUUGAAAACGGGUUCAGAACUACCAUGUUCACGUUAUGUUGUGGUGUCAAAUUGUACAUGUAAUUUAAUGUAUGCGAAUUUAGUCUUGAGUUUAUGCCAAAUUGAAAAUUGAAAUUUAGAAGAGAAAAUGUAUAUUUAGGGAUGUAAGCUAUCUUACAGUAACAUGUACUUCAUUACAAAAAAAAAGAGUUCCACUCUGGAAUUGCUGGAAGGGAGAGAACUCUAAAACAAAUAAAAAUUAUGUUGUGUAAGGUAGCAUCUAUCCUUAAGCCUACUGUCUGAAUAUAAUUAAAAUCCUAGUACCCUCUAAUAGAUCAUGAAAUGCAUAUUUUGAAGCUUCAAACAGUAAAGAUAUCAUCUAUUUUUUGAUACUUUGUUGCAUAUUAUGAGACCAAUAAAGAUGGUAAUAUUAUUAGAAUUCUUUCUUUCUGAUAGAGUACAAAAUUAAUGUAUACACUUGUUGGCUUCGGUUGAGGGUUACAGGUGUUUUUUUUUGCUAGACUUGGAGGCCAAACUGGAAUUUUUUUGUCAUGUCCAAAUUUGGUAACAAUGAAAUAUAAAUGAUUCUGGGGAAGAUUUAUGAAAUUUACACAAAAAACAACCAUUAACAUGUUGAUAAUGUUGUUGUUGUUGUUAAGUUCAUCUCCAAUCAAGUUCGUGAAAAAAUCUACCAAAAGUUUUGACGAGAUGAUCAAAAUUCCGCCCGUCGGUCACCAGUUAAAAUAAUGGACCAGGCAAGAGCUCAAGUUAUCAAUGAACAGUCAGUUUUUCAAUUAUCUGGAGACAAUUUUCUUGCUGCAUUUUUCACAUAGUUCUGAAGAAGUAUAGGCAAUUUUAUUAUCAGAGUAUAACAGUUGUAGUAGCUAAUGUAACAGUUGGAGCAAGUUUCAAAGCCACAGGGUUGUCUCCCUUUUUUAAAAUAUUUAUUAUUUACAAUAUUAAAGCUUUUUUACACUAAAAAAAAAUGAUAACAGAUUGUACUUGAAAUUCUUAUUUUUCACUUCAUGAUGAAUUUUCCAUUUUUGUAAAACUGACAUUUUGUUCAUCAUUUUUUUUUUUUUUUUUAAAUACUGGGUUAUAUUUGAAUUAUUAUUGUCUGGGGUUGUUUUAUGAUAAAUAUAUCAAAAUUGUCUCAUUAUAAAAUUAAGCUUUAAUUGGACUGUUUUGAAUUGGUGUAUCAAUAUACCACAAUUCUAAAUGGACUUUAUUAGACUAUUUUACUGAAUUACUGAUGAUAUUAUUAACCUGCUUGAAAAAGGUUGGUAAACAAGUGCUCAACAUUUGUGAGAUUUCUAGCAUAAUAUUUUAUGAUAGAACUAUAAAUAACAUUGAUUUCUUCUAUCUGUAUUUCAUUUCGUUUUUUUCUGUCAGUUGUAAAUCAUCCUUAAACUUCUUUGGUUUGUAAACAUUUUCCGUAAAAGUUGUCCAUUUACAUGUUAAGACAGAACAUUUGUAUCAAUAUUUGUUGCUAAGUAACUGUACCACUGUGUUGAUAAGAUUAUAGCUUUAUGUUACUCUUUUAUAUUAAAAUGAAAUUCCAAACCUA